AUGGAGAAGGAGCCAAGUCACGUGACUGAGAGGAUAUUAAACCUCACCCUGGAGAUCGUCUACCUGCUGACCGAAGAGAAUUAUAUAGCCUUUAAGAUAUCUGAUGGCUUGGUUGCUUCCAAAGAAAUGAAGACCCAAAGUCAAGUGGAGCCUCCAUCUCCACCCCCAAGCAACAAGGAGGUCCAGGAAGUCACCAGCGAGAUCAAUGAGCUACUAAACGGAGAGAAUUCUAUAACUUUCAAGUUAUCGAAAGGCUUCGUUGCCCCCAACUUGAAGACCCAAAGCCCUACAGCACAGCCUCCAUCUCACUCCCUGGGAAAGAACAGGAAUGUACAAGAUGUCAUCACAGAGAUCAUCGAUCUGCUGACAGGAGAGGAAGGACAAUGUUUAGAAGGACACAAGGAUCUGUACAAGGAGGUUAUGAUGGAGAACCAUCCGCCGCUCACAUUACCAGAUGGACCCAGUAGCGGAAACCCACCCGUGAGAUGUCCCAGCCCUCUGUAUUCCCGGGAUUCAGAACCGCUUGGGAUCCAAAAGGAUGACCAGGUUAUACUGGAUACAAACCAGACUGACUGCAGUACGGAAGCCAAUGAAAAAGUAGAAGAUCUAUCUGUGAUAAGUGAUGAUCCAUGUAAGGAGGAGGAGAUCCCUCCAGAGAUCAGCACAGACCCCGGAGACACCAGAGAGACUCGAGAAAUGUCAAAGCUGAAGAGGAAGAAGAUAUUCAUGUGGUAAUUAAAGAAGAGGAAUUUCCUGUUGAGAUCAACACAGACCCCGGAGACACCAGAGACACUCAGGGAGACGUCAAAGCUGAGGAGGAGGAAGAAGGAUGUGCGAGGAUUAAAGAGGAGGAAUUUACUAUAGAGAUCAACACAGAUGGAAAGCAUGACAGGAAUGAUCUAGGCACGCACCAUAUUCCAUUAGAAAACCCCACUACCCCAACUCUUCUCCUAGUACUUCCCAGUGGAGAUCUGUCUGAUCCCUCCACGCACGGGGACAGCUUUCCCAAUCAUUCAGCUGCCAUCAUCCAUCAUCCAUCAGCCAGAGGAGGUGAAACCUUCCGUUGUUCUGACUGCGGGGAAUGUUUUUCCAAGAGGGAACUUCUUGCCUCACACAAGAGCAUUCAUUCAAAGCCGUUAUCGGCUGAGAGUUGCGAAGAUCCUCCUCGGAAAUUAUAUGUGAUUGAGCAUGAGCUGAUUCCUAUGAAGCCCUACUCGUGCUCAGAAUGCGGGAAAUGUUUUACCCAGAAAGGACACGUAGUUUUUUGCACCAGAGAACUCACACCGGGGAAAAGCCCUAUUCGUGUUCCGAGUGUGGAAAGGGUUUCCCAGCCAAAUCGGCCCUCUCUAAACACAAGAGAAUGCACACCGGAGAGAAGCCGUUUUCAUGUUCUGAAUGUGGGAAAUCCUUUUCUUUCAAUUCGGCCCUGACCAAACACAAGAAAACUCACACGGGGGAGAAGCCGUAUUCCUGUUCGGACUGCGGGAGAUGUUUUUCUCAGAGAGACCACCUAAUCGCCCAUCAGAAGACACACACCGGGGAGAAGCCGUUUUUCCUGCUCCGAAUGCGGGAAGAGUUUUGCUAAAAAAGGCAAUCUCGAAACGCAUCAGACAAUUCACACCGGCGAUCGUCCAUAUUCCUGCUCCGUGUGUGGGAAAGGUUUCCGCAGUAAAUCCAAUUUGCUGAGACAUAAGAAGGUCCACAGAGGCCUCAAACCGCACGCGUGUUCUGAAUGUGGGAAGCAGUUUAAGACAGAAUUUGCUCUUAGUCUACAUCUUCGAUCCCAUGAGGCUCCGGGGAUAACACUGAUAGGAUGUAGCCAAGUAGUGUGA